AUGGAAAUUGGGACUUACUUGAGAAAGGCGAUUGAUCUCACCUUGGAAGCUCUUUGGAGUAACUUAGAGAAGGAUGACUGGAGUGUCUAUAACCUGUUGCUGACAUUAGCUCAGCAUCCAGAUAGCUUUUUGAAAGCCAUAGAAACAGCUGGGGAGGUCUCUGGUGCAAGAGAUGAUCUGAGUGGAGCUUUGUUUUCCAACACCUCUGUGAUUCAGAACAUAACUCAUCAACGGCUUGAAGAAGCAGUCCAGGUCAUGUUAAGGAGAAUGGCUCUCUUGAGGAAGGAACUUUCCCUAAACAACUCUCAGUGGAGAAAUUCCAGGAGAACUUUGUUCCAGCCCAUUUUUGAGAGUUUUAUUAAUGCAACCACUGGAAAGAAGAUCACAUCGGGAAAAGAAGACAGGACCAAAAAGGAGAUGGCUGAUUUUCCUUACAUCCUCAAGCCGUUAUCAAGUUUCGAGCAAUUCCUGAAGGGAUUAAUUGCAUUGACGGAGUAUUGGCAAGAGGUCCUGCUGAUGGAUCAAAGUGUGGAAAUGUGUCAGAUGUUCCAGCAGCUUCAGAAGCCCCCGGAAGCCAUCGCGACUCUGCAGAAAGUGACGGUGCUGUUUCUCCGUGGGUUCGUCAUUUUUGCAGAAAACCCUUCCUUGACCAAGGACAUGCUGUGUGCUGUUCUGAGCUGCAAACAAGGUGGGACGCGGCGUCUGAUCUUACCUGCUCUCCAGGGGGCCACCGUGGUACACGACCACUACCAGGACAUACAAAAGAUGUGGUCCUCACCCCUUCCGCUGAAUUGUGAAGAUCUCAGCAGGAAUCUUUCUAGCUCCUUGGAAAGCUUCAAGAGCAGCCUGGAACACGCCACCAACCAGGACUGUGAAUGCCCGCCGCUGUUGGACUUGGCUCGGCAGCAUGUGCGCUCGUUGGCCCAGAGCCUCGAGAAGACCUGGUUGUCUGGGAAUCCCGUGCUGACCUUUCUUAGCAAUCUCACAGUGACGGGGGAUGUAAAAGUCAAAGAUUUGAUGCAGAACGUCUCCAAGCUAACCCACGAGCUUCGCUCUUCCAUCCACAUCUCAGACGAGACUAUCCACAGUAUUCUAGAAGCCAAAAUCUCCCGUUCACAGGUGCUCUUGAGUACCCUUCUGGUGGCCGGGUCUGGAAGGUGUGAUGCAGACGUUCUCCGCCUGCUGGUGGCUCUUCCUGAGGACCGGAAGUCUUGGUUUGCAGCCAAGGAACUGUGCAGCCUGCCCGGGCCCCACGUGUAUUCUCUGAUCGUGUCCAUGACUGAGAACCUGAAUCUACGCAAUGUCAUUUACAAAAUUCUGAUGCCUUCGGAAGCCCACAGUGCCCUUGGCUCCUUGUUGGAUGUGGUCUCCAGACUCAGCCACCUGCUUGCCAAAGCUGGCCACGUUCUGGAAUACCUCCCCGAAUUUCUUCAGGCCUAUAAGAUCACUGCCUUGCUAGACACGCCCGACUUCCAACAGGCUCCGCAACAUGGGGAGGCCAGAAGUUCAGCGUUUGGUUCUUUCCAGUUCAUGAUGAAGAAGGUUUGCAAGGAGCAAGCGUCGUUCUUCAGCGGCUUUAACUCAUUCAUUAGUUUGCCCAGAGUUAACGAGCUCCUGGGAGGGGACAAAGAAAAAUUCAACAUUCCUGAAGAUUCAACACCGUUUUGCUUGAACCUCUAUCAAGAAAUUCUGCAGUCUCCAAACGGCGCUUUGGUGUGGUCUUUCCUAAAACCUAUAUUACACGGAAAAAUACUGUACACACCAAAUACCCCAGAGAUUAAUGAGGUCAUUCAAAAGGCAAAUUACACUUUCCAUUUCGUGCACAAGCUAAAGACUUUAACAGAAACACUGCUGAAAACGUCUGGCAUUUUUCAGAACAGUGGGAGUGGCCAGAUGCUCAGCCAACUGCAGGAAGCCCUGAGGAACAAAUUUAUAAGAAACUUUGUAGAGAGCCAACUGCACAUUGAUGUUGACAAGCUGACCGAAAAGCUCCAGACUUACGGAGGGAAGCUGGACAAGAUGUUUGCUCAUGGGGGCGCCGGACGCGUCCGCUUCCUCGGCGGUAUCUUGGUCAACCUCUCCUCCUGCGUGUUGCUGAACCGUUUCCAGGCACUGGAUUCUGUCGCCAGCCUGGAGUCGAAAGCCCGUGAGCUCAUGCGGCAGAACAGCUUUUUGGCCAGUGUCAUAUUCAACACUUCCCCGGCCGGCAGGAACCGGGCGGCCCCGUCUCGGCAGCUGCCUCCCCACGUCACCUACACCAUCCGGACCAGCGUCUUAUACAGCAUGAGGACGGACUUGGUGAAAAACCCUUCCUGGAAGUUUCAUCCUCAGAGCCUGCCGGCCGAAGGGUUCAAGUACAACUACAUCUUUGUCCCUUUGCAAGACAUGAUCGAAAGAGCCAUCAUCUCGGUGCAGACCGGGCAGGAGGCCGGGGAGCUGGCCGCGCAGACUCAGGCCAUCCCAUACCCAUGCCACACCAGGGACCUAUUUCUGAACAACGUCGGCUUCUUUUUCCCUCUGAUAAUGAUGCUGACGUGGAUGGUGUCUGUGGCCAGCAUGGUCCGAAAGCUGGUUUACGAGCGAGAGAUCCAGAUAGAAGAGUACAUGAGGAUGAUGGGAGUGCACCCCACUGUCUUCUUCCUGGCCUGGUUCCUGGAGAACCUGGCCGUGUUGGCCUUAAGCAGCACCGCCCUGGCUGUCAUUCUCAAAGCGAGCGGCAUCUUCGCGCACAGCAAUGCCUGUAUCGUUUUCCUCUUUCUCCUGGACUUUGGGGUGUCGGUCAUCAUGAUGAGUUACUUCCUGAGUGUGUUUUUCAGCCAAGCGAACACGGCUGCCCUCUGUACUAGCCUGGCGUAUAUGAUCAGCUUUCUGCCCUACAUAGUGCUGUUGGUUCUCCAUAACCAACUGAGUGUUGUCAUUCAGACGUUUCUGUGUCUGCUCCCCACCACCGCCUUUGGACAAGGAGUGUUUCUCAUCACCUUCCUAGAAGGGCAAGAAACAGGGGUUCAGUGCGAUAACAUAUACCAGGCUCCGGAACAAAUGGGCAUGACAUUUGGCUGGGUUUGCUGGAUGAUUCUCUUUGAUUCAGGCCUUUAUUUUUUAUGUGGAUGGUACUUGAGCAACUUGAUUCCUGGUGGCGCCCCGGCAGGGACCCCGCCCGUGGGGGGCAGCCCGCGGCCUCUGGCUCAGGCCGCGGCCCUCCUGGUCAAGAGGCUCUGGCACACGUGCCGGGCCUGGAAAGUCACCCUCUCCAACCUGCUGCUGCCCGUCCUCUUCGUGGCCUUGGCCAUGGCCUUCUUCAUGGUGAGGCCUCUGGCCACUGACUACCCUCCCCUCAAACUAACACCGGGCCAUUACGACAGGGCCGAAGCUUACUUUUUCAGCGGCAGCGGGAGCGUGGGCCAGGAGCUCGCCCACGUGCUUUUGCGGAAGUUUGGAGAUCAGGAUCCGCUCUGUGCUGAUUUAAACCCAGACCUGAAGAAUUCUUCAUGCUGGCGUGUGGAUCCCCUGUCUCAGCCACGAGUGCAGGAUUCCUGCGGCUGCCUGAAGUGUCCAAACGCAAGUGCCGGGGCUCCCUACCUGACCAACCACCUGGGCCACACUCUGCUGAACCUGUCAGCCUUCCACCUGGAGGAGUAUUUGCUGGUGCCGUCGGAGAGACCGAGGCUUGGAGGCUGGUCUUUCGGAGUGCAGAUCCCUGAUCAAGUUCAAGAGGCAAAACCAAAUACAUCGCAACCAGACACUCUGGUGAAGGUGUGGUACAAUCAGAAGGGCUUUCAUUCCCUACCUUCAUACUUAAAUCAUCUGAACAACCUUAUACUGUGGAGACACUUACCCCCUGACCAGGACUGGAGAAAAUAUGGGAUAAUGCUCUACAGCCAGCCGUACGGAGGGGCCUUGCUGAACGAGGACAAGAUCCUGGAGACCAUCCGACAGUGUGGUGUCGCGCUCUGCAUCGUGCUGGGCUUCUCCAUCCUGUCUGCGUCGAUCGGCAGCGCCGUGGUGAGGGACAGGGUGAGCGGAGCCAAGAGGCUGCAGCAUGUCUGUGGCCUGGGCUACAGAACGUAUUGGCUCACCAACUUCCUGUAUGACAUGGUCUUCUACUUGGUUGCCGUGGGCCUGUGUGUCACCAUCAUCGUUGCCUUCCAGUUAACAGCGUUUACCUUCCGCGAGAACUUGGCAGCCACGGCUCUCCUGCUGGCUCUUUUCGGCUACGCAACUCUCCCGUGGAUGUAUCUGAUGUCCAGAAUCUUCUCGAGUUCGGACGUGGCGUUCAUCUCCUACGUGUCCCUGAACUUCAUCUUCGGGCUCUGCACCAUGCUGAUGACCAUCAUGCCCCGGCUGCUCGCCACCAUCUCCAAAGCUCAGAAUUUACAGAACAUCUAUGAUGUCCUCAAGUGGGUCUUCACCAUUUUCCCUCAGUUCUGCCUGGGUCAGGGACUGAUAGAACUCUGUUACAAUCAGAUCAAAUAUGACCUGACCCACAACUUUGGCAUCGAUUCCUACGUGAGCCCCUUUGAGAUGAACUUCCUGGGCUGGAUCUUCGUGCAGUUGGCCUCGCAGGGCACGGUGCUUCUCCUCUUGAGGAUUUUGCUGCACUGGGACCUUCUGCAGCGGCCACGGGGCCAGUCUGCCAUCCAGGGCACACUCACAUCCUCCAAGGACCUAGAUGUUGAAAAAGAGCAGAUAAGAGUGUUGAAAGGAAGAACCAGUGAAGACCUUCUUGUGUUACACAACCUUAGUAAAAGCUACAGAAGCUGCUUUAAGAGGACCACGGCUGUGCGAGAUAUUAGUUUGGGCAUACGAAGAGGAGAGUGCUUUGGGCUCCUGGGGCCCAACGGGGCUGGGAAGAGCACCACAUUCAAGAUGCUGAACGGGGAUGUCCCACCGACCUCAGGACAUGCCGUCGCCAGGACUCCCACAGGAGAGGUUGUGGAUCUGUCUUUGGCGGGCGCGGCGGGUGUUCGCAUUGGCUACUGUCCGCAGCAGGACGCCCUGGACGAGCUCCUGACUGGCUGGGAACACCUGCACUAUUAUUGCUGCCUCCGUGGGAUUCCCAAGCCGAGCAUCCCUCAGGUUGCCGGGGACCUCGUGAGGCGUCUACACUUGGAGGGCCAUGUGGACAAACUGGUGGCCACCUACAGUGGGGGUACCAAGCGGAAGCUCUCUACGGCCCUGGCCCUGCUGGGCAAACCUGACCUGCUCUUGUUGGACGAGCCCAGCUCCGGGAUGGACCCCUGCUCCAAGCGCUACCUGUGGACUACGAUAAUGCAGGAGGCUCGGGGAGGCUGUGCGGUGGUGCUGACCUCCCACAGCAUGGAGGAGUGUGAGGCUCUUUGCACGAGACUUGCCAUCAUGGUCAAUGGCAGCUUCAGGUGCCUUGGCUCUCCCCAGCACAUUAAAGACAGGUUUGGUGAUGGUUAUUCAUUGAAGAUUUGGCUCCAUCAGGAAACAAAUCUGCACAGUGUGAUUUCUGACUGCUUGAAGCUCCAUUUUCCAGGGAUCCAGUUUAAGGGGCAGCGCCUUAAUUUAUUGGAAUAUCAUGUGCCAAAACGAUGGGAAUGCUUAGCCGACCUGUUCCGAGUCUUAGAGAACAACAAGACCUUCCUGAAUAUCAAACAUUACUCCAUUAACCAAACCACUUUGGAACAGGUAUUUAUUAAUUUCGCUACUGAGCAACAGAAAUCCUCACAAUCUACUGUGGCUACACCUACUGGCUCUCACCAGCCGCCUCACCUGCUUAUCUAAGCACCGAAGGGGACGUUUCUAAGAGGAAUAAUACCCUGUCUUUUGUUACCAUUCAUCCUUAAAGAUCAAAGGAGCCCGCUCGCCUUAGAGGAGCUGGGAGUCAGGCUCCUGGUGGCCAGAUCCAUCCUCUCUUCCUUUCCUCUUUGAAGCUGUUGGUUAACUCAUAACCAGCAAACUGGAAGAUUGUUUUCUGUAGACUUUCAGGGAGUUCCUCCCACGUGGCUAAUCCCUUUGUCAAGCCAAGGAGGGGCCAGCUUCUUCGUGACGAGUGAACCCAGAGUCCAACCUGAGACAUUUUGGAGCUGUCAGAGACUGGCCAUUCCUGAACAUUUCACUGUACUUUUAAGGAAACUGAGGCAGCCAAGGCUAGUAACUUUCCUGACUGGUUUGUUUAGGAAAUAGUACCUCGGACUGUUUGCUGUUUCUGUCCCCUUUCAUCACUAGAUAGGCUUACAUGUGUUUACAUAAAAGAUCGAAGAUUUAAACACGUGUUUUUUUGUAAUACUGGAUAUUAUAUGGGAUGACAUGUAAAAAUUGCCACUUUUCUCACACAAAAGAUGUUUCUUAGGAAAAUCAGAAUUAAGGAGCUUUUUAGAGAACGCUUUAGCAAAAUCAAGUAAAUUGAACUGGGUACUCUGUGUCAUUUAUAAAAGUUUUGCCAGACUUCCACAGAUUUUAAAUAUAUAGGCAGGGAUGGAAAGAAAUAGAAUGUGGAUGUAUUUUAUUUUUUCUUAAUCUCUCAGUUUUCUUAAUGCCUCCUGGUAUUCUGAGGUGCAUUCUAGUUUUAAAGCCGGUGACGUAAACUAUCUAGUUACUUCAAAUUUUACCAGCAAAAUCAGUACCUACUUUUAAAUGCUUUAAAAUUUUCUAACAAUUCUGCCAUUCUCAGAAUUACUGUGCUAGUAUUUUCAGAUAUAAAGCUCCAUGAUGUGGCUCCAAAGGGCUGUAGACACUUGACAUUCUGCAUCUGAUAGCAAAAUGUGUAAAGUCCUUUUGUCCACCACUGAAAAUAGUUUCUAGCCAGACAUUUCUGAGCUUCAAGAUAUUUCUUAAUCUUCACUGAGUAACAUUUUUCUCAAAUCUCAAUGGAGGGCUGCGUUAAUUUUAUUUUAAAAUUUGACCUUGUCCACUUAAAUUUUUGAGUGAUAGUAGCUUGUGGCCAAAGGGAACCACUUUCCCAUCACAUUUCUUUACUAAUGCAGGAUUUCGCUAAAAUCUGUCUUUCCUGAUAUCAUUCGUACAUACUGGAGAUAUUUUUAACUUGUCAGGAUUCAGCCAGUCAUGGAGAGUUUUGCUGAAUGAUUUUGAUUCACAUGAAUCCCAUGAAUUAUGCUUUCUUUAAGUUUAGGGUUUAGGAUUUCUUACAGUUUAGGGUUUUUUACAGUAUAGGGUUUAUGAUCUCCCCCUCAGUUCUGACAGUCUCACUGUCAAAAUGGAAGAUGUAAUCCUUUAUGAUGAUUGUUGUUGAAUCAAUCCAUAAAAUCUGUGACACAGGAAUGUGUUUAUACUGCGGUGAAUAAAUGAGAUGUGCUUUGAUUGAACCUGA